GGCGACAGAACUCAAGCGUCAGCUUGAGGAGCUCCUUCGACUGGGUUUCAUUAAACCCAGUAACUCCCCUUGGGGUGCACCUGUCCUCUUUGCUCGCAAAGCGAACGGAACUCUCCGCCUGUGCAUCGACUACCGCGGCCUUAACCCUUACACGGUUAAGAACAGUUAUCCCAUGCCCCGCGCGGAUGAACUGUUUGACUGUCUAGCAGACAACCGCUUCUUCACGAAGAUGGAUCUUCAUAGCGGUUACGACCAGAUCCACGUUGCUGCAGAGGAUCAGCCGAAGACCGCCUUCCGGUCGCGCUUCGGUCACUACGAGUUCACGGUGAUGCCAUUCGGCCUCACCAAUGCACCCGCCACCUUCCAGACGGCGAUGAACGACAUCUUCAGGGACAUCCUUGAAGAAUACGUUUUCGUAUACCUGGACGACAUCUUGGUCUACAGUCGUACCUUAGAAGACCAUUUCAGACACCUCCGCGAUGUCCUACAACGCUUACGCAAGCAUGGCUUCUAUGCCAAGCUCAGUAAGUGCCGCUUUGCCCAGCGCAAAGUGGACUUCCUAGGACACUAUGUGUCUGACCAGGGUCUCCAUAUGGACAACGCGAAGAUCACUGCUAUUGCAGAGUGGCCCGUCCCCACGUCUGCCAAGCAGCUUCGCAGUUUUCUAGGCCUCACCACCUACUAUAGUAAUUUUAUCCACGGAUACGCUAGGUAUUCCUACGUCCUUACCUCUACCCUCCUCCGAAAGAACCCGCCGUGGUUCUGGACACCCCUGUGUGAGGACGCCUUUCGCGCCCUCAAGAAGGCGGUAACCUGUGUGCCGGUUCUUCGCCUUCCCGAUUUUGAUCGUCCCUUUAUCGUCACCAUCGAUGCGUCAGAUUUUGCAGUAGGAUUUGUCCUUUCUCAGGGGUUUCCCUCUCCUCCAGAUUCACCUUACCCCCAUGUUUCUCAUUUCUCCCUCCCUCCUGCUGACACUGCUUCUCGACUGACGUCUACCUUCCCACCACUUCCCUCCACUGACAGUCCUCCUGUUACUUACUCCCCGACCAUCGCGGAGGAUGGGACUGUCGAGGCUCGUGCUGGGGAUUGCCUGAUCGCUUUCUACUCCCGUCAGCUACUGCCUGCCGAGAUAAACUACACUGCCGAUGAAUGUGAGAUUCUCGCAGUAGUUUAUGCUACCCGGCAUUGGCGUUAUUAUCUGCAUGGGGCGCCUUUCACGCGGGAGGCUGGGCUGGGUCGCUACCAAGCGUGUUCGCACUCGAAGUGCUCAUCGAGGGAGUCGCAACGUGUUGGGAUUGGGAUUGGGAUUGGGAGUGGGAUUGCGAGGGGAGGGGAGGGGAGGAGAGGAGAGGUGAGGAGAGGAGGGCUAUCAGCAGGUCCUGGUGUUCAGGUUCCAGUACAGUCAGUGGUCACCCAGGUUCCGUCACAGGUUGCCAUUAGUGGGCAAUCUGUUGUCUCGCAGUCUGUGCAGCCACAGGGCACACAGCCCCAGCAGCUAGCACAACAACCUGUAUCACCGGGUCCACAGCCCGCGUUGGUGCAGGGACCGGGACAAAGUCAGUGGGUUCCAAAGACGGCCAUCGCGGCUCCCAAACCCUUUACAGGGGACAAGAGAGGCGAAGAUCUCGACACGUGGUUGAGGGUAGUGCCGGUCUAUGUCAGGUGUAAACUCACCUUGCCACACGAAGAAGUGCUUGUGGCUGCAUCCUACCUAGAGGGUAGUGCAACAAGAUGGUUGAGUGGGUUAAUACAACUCCAGGGGCACGGUCAUGACUUCCGCUCUUGGGCAGCCUCUCAUAAAUUAGAGGAUUUCCUAAAGAUGGUGGAAGAAAGAUGGCAUGAUCCUCAGGAGGCCCAAAAGGCCACUGAUGCGAUCCUGACACUGCACACGAGGCAGUAUAAGUCAGUAAGGGAAGCCACAGACACUGUAGAGCGUCUGAUCUGUGUUCCAGGGGUGCGCUAUGACCCCCAGGUCCUGUUGACUUCGUACUUGAGGUGCUUAUCUCAGCCUCUCAGGAACCAAUUGGCAAAAGAGGCCAACAUCAAUAUGCACAACUUUCCUUCGUUCAAUAAGGUGGCCCUAGACCUAGAAGCAAAAAUAGGGCAUGGACAUAACUCAGUGACGGACGGGAAAAAGAAGACCCUGCCUCCUAACUGGAAAGCCAAGGGUCGCAUUAUGUUCGUCGACCACGAUGGCUCAACAAUUGAGUUGGACGACGACUCCCAGUUAGGAGUAGGUGCAGAGGCAGGUGGCGGUGCUUCAGAGGGUGGAGUAGUCGCCGCCGUAACCCAACAAAAAGGCGGUAGGAUCCUCAUCUCCUGUAGGCAGCAAUGUUGCCAGUUCGUCAGGCACUGCUCCGGGAAACACGUCAGGCCAGUAGGAAUAGAAGCUGUUCCUACUAGGGACGAGGUGGUGGAGACACCCUCGCCAUCUCACAUCAUGGCCCAAGCUACUGAUUCCCUUGUCGUCCCGCAAACGCAUUUAGACCCAUCAACCCUUUGCUCGAUGAAUGUGUUUGAGUCCUUAGAGGAGCUAGAGGAGGAGUGGUCUAGACUAGACCCGCUAGCUUCUUGGACGGCACUAGCUAAAGCCCCGAAGGGUGAGAUGUUCGUCAACGAGAUAGUCGUAGGCGGCCGCAAGGCCGGGGCCUAUUAUGACACUUGCUCAACACGAAACUUCAUUAGUCGCGCGUGCGUUGAGAGGCUGCGUUUACAGGGGCAAGUGCAGCGCCUGAGUCGACCUGUGGAGUCGACCUGUGCCAACAAACAGCGCAUGGUAGUUAAUGACUACCUUCAGGAUGUUGAGUGCCUGUUCCCAUACGCGGGAGGGGAAUUGAGGCAUCGUGUCUCAUUCCUAGUGAGCAACGAUCUCCCCAUGGAUAUCUUGUUAGGUAUGUACUACCUCUCGGUUGCACAGCCCCAGUUUGACUGGGACCGAAAAGUGGUCAAGCACACUUUGCCAGGUGGAGGGACCGCCAGAUUACACAAGUUCAAAGCUAGUAGUCUGAUUGAGUCCUACRGRUGCWUGUGUGCGGCCGCAUUCUAUAAUUAUUAUAAGCAAAAUCAGGAGGAGGGUAUGUACUUAGUUUAUGUCUCUGCUGCAGGCGAGCCGGUGAAAAUGUCGCCGGAGAUAGAGGGAGUAGUUGCCAAGUACCCUGAUCUAUUUGAAGAGCCGACAGGGGUUGUCGAGAGGGAGGUUGUUCACGCGAUAGAAAUUAUCCCAGGAUCUAGUAUUCCAAAGGGUAGGAUCUAUCGGAUGUCUCCAGGCGAGCUUGAUGAGCUUCGCCGCCAACUCAAGGAACUCGUAGAGAAGGGUUGGAUCCGGCCGAGUGUCUCUCCUUAUGGGUCUCUAGUGUUAUUCGUGCCUAAGAAGAAGGAGGGUACUCUCAGGAUGUGCAUUGAUUAUAGGGGUCUCAAUGCCAUCACUGUAAAGAACAGAGAGCCCCUACCGCGCAUCGAUGAUCUGUUAGAUAGAGUGCAAGGGUCUCGGUACUUCAGUAAGAUAGAUCUGAUGUUCGGGUACCAUCAGAUUGCAAUCCGGCCCGAGGAUCAACUCAAAACCGCAUUUCAGACCAGGUACGGUCUGUACGAGUUUGUGGUGAUGCCUUUUGGCCUGUGCAAUGCUCCUGGCACCUUUCAGCACGCUAUGAAUCGGAUAUUCCAUGACUACUUGGAUAAGUUUGUCAUUGUGUACCUUGAUGAUAUACUUAUCUUUAGUAAGACUGUCGAGGAGCAUGCAACACAUUUAGAUAAAGUCCUCAGUCUCUUGCGACAGCACAAGUUCAAGAUCAACGGUGAAAAGUGCGAAUUUGGCCGCACCCGUGUCUUGUACUUGGGUCAUGAGAUCUCCGCGGAAGGGUUGAAGCCCAAUGACGCGAAGGUGGCCAGCAUUCGUGAUUGGCCACGACCUCAGUCCGUGACUGAGAUGAGAUCUUUCUUAGGAAUGACARGCUACUAYCGGACUUUUGUAAAGAACUAUAGCWWWGUGGCCGCUCCUUUGACUGAUCUGACCCGCCUUGACACCCUGUGGGAGUGGACAGAUGAGUGCGAGGCUGCUUUCAGACAUCUGAAGCAUGCAUUGACGGACUAUGAAGUUUUGAAGCUACCCGAUCCUGAUAAGCCAUUUAUAGUAACCACGGAUGCUAGCCAAUAUGGCAUUGGCGCCGUGCUUGCGCAGCAGGAGGGGCCGAAGUUGAGGCCAGUCGAGUACAUGUCAAAGAAGAUGCCGUCUCAGAAGUUGGCAAAGUCCACCUAUGAGAAGGAACUCUACGCCGUGUACAAGGCUCUAACCCAUUGGAGGCACUAUCUCCUUGGGAGGUUCUUCAUCCUUAGGACUGAUCAUCAGACCUUGAGAUGGAUAAGAACGCAGCCAGCACUUUCCGACGCCCUGAAGCGUUGGAUCGAGGUCAUUGAGCAGUAUGACUUCGACCCCCAAUAUUUAAAAGGGGAGUACAACAAGGUGGCUGAUGCCUUGUCGCAUAGACCUGAUUUCUCAGGUGCGCUGAUUACUGAGUUCGAGUUAAACGAUGACGUGUCUCGAUCAUUGGUGGAGGCCUAUCGAGAAGAUCAGUUUAUGUCAGAGAUCAUCCGCAGACUCGAGGCGAAGGACAAACAGACUUCAGCUGAGUUUGAGAUGGUCAAUGGCUUGUUGUUUCUCGAGAAGGAGGGGAAUAAACGAUUGUGUGUCCCUUGUAGCGAGUCUUUGCGUAGUUUAUUUUUAGGAGAGUGUCAUGAUGCCACCGGUCAUUUUGGGUUAAAAAAGACCGCAGCCAAUUUGCUGCAGAGGUUUUGGUGGCCCACGAUGAUGAAAGAUGCCAAGUUGUAUGUGGAGACUUGUCAAGUUUGCCAACGAGACAAGCCCCGUACUCAGGCUCCUCUUGGGCUGAUCAAGCCCCUUACAAUUCCGGAGAGGCUGGGUGAGAGCCUGUCCAUGGACUUCAUGGAUACACUAGUCACCAGCAAGAGUGGGAUGAGACAGAUCUUCGUCAUCGUGGAUAGGUUUAGUAAGUUUGCUAGGUUAGUAGCAAUGCCUGAGACAGCAAAGACUGAGUAUGCGAUUAAGCUGUUCAAAGAAAACUGGGUGAGGGAUUUCGGAUUGCCCAAGUCUAUUGUGAGGGACCGAGAUGUGAGGUUUACAAACGAGUUAUGGAAGGCCGCUGCAGCCGAACAGGGAACUCAACUGCAGAUGACUUCUGGGAAUCAUCCCGAAGCCAACGGCCAGGCCGAACAGAUGAACCGCGCUGUGCAACACCUGUUGAGGCAUUAUAUCAAGCCCAACCAGGUGGACUGGGACGAAAAGCUCGCACUUGUCGCCAGUCUAUACAAUAACGCUGUACACAACGCUACAGGGAAGAUGCAGGAGGCUGUAGAGCACAUGCAGAAGGCGCAGGCAGCAAUGAUAGAAUUUGAGAAUAAACACAGCCGCCCUUCUACAUUUCAGGUUGGGGACAGAGUCUGGGUCAAGUCUUCAGAGCUGGGACAGGAGUUCGGGAUAUCCCGCAAACUCAUGCCUCAGUACUUUGGACCUUGGGAAGUUUUAGAUGUAGUUGGGACAGAUCCUGAUGGUCCAUCAUCAUAUGUCAUCCGUAUCCCUGGUCAUCUCAAAACUUACCCAGUCUUUCACGCCUCUAAGCUCGCUGCGUCCGAGGAAACUGAUCAGUUUCCCUCUCGCCGAACCAUGGACGGAGAAGUCGACAUCGAUGAUAUCGUUGACCACAGGGAGAUGCCUGUUCAGAAGCCUCCAGCAAGGGGACGUCCUCCAAAGCCAAAGCUGCAGUUACGUGUCCACUUCAGACAUCACACAGAUCCGAAGGAGGACCGCUGGUUUACUCGGGAGGAAUUGAUGCAGACCGCUCCUCAAAUCGUUGCCCGCUAUGAGAAGGAUGUAUUGAAAGGAAAGCGCCAGACGGCUCAGGAUUGAUCUUCUCAGAGGACUAACGAAGAUAUGGAGGAGGGAAUGCGAGGCUACGCCCGCUCAGCCCCUUCG